AUGACUAGCAUCAAAAAAGAAAAUACACAUCAAUUACAUACAUCUACAAUUAAUCAUCCAUGGACAAAGCCAGUGGGCGAAUAUUCUGCACAGACACUAAAGACAAAUAUACAUGAUUAUGAAAUUAUGGGCGAGUUAGGACAAGGAACCUAUGGCAUCGUAAAGCUGGCUUAUUUGAAAAACGAUCCAGAAAAGAAAAAAGUGGUUAUCAAGUACGUCUACAAGUCUCGUGUAUUGGUGGACUGUUGGACCAGAGAUAAGAAAUUAGGGCUUGUUCCUGCCGAAAUUCAUGUGCUUCAUACAUUGAGAAAGAUUCCACAUGCGAACUGCAGUGAUAUGCUGGAUUAUUUUGAGGAUGAUGAUCACUAUUAUGUUGUAAUGGACCUAUUUGGUGCAGGCAUGGAUUUAUUUGACUAUAUUGAGCUUCGAAAAGAUGGUAUAUCAGAAUCAGAGAUACGGGCGAUCUUUAGACAGAUCAUAGAGGCCGUGAGUCAUUUGCACGAUAAUCACAUCAUUCAUCGAGAUAUUAAGGAUGAGAAUGUUAUUCUUGACCUCAAAGGAGGAGUUCGAUUGAUUGAUUUUGGGAGUGCGACUUAUAUGAAAGAAGGCAAGCGGUAUGAUACAUUUGUUGGCACGUUAGAUUAUGCAGCUCCCGAAGUGCUCAAAGGACAAACCUAUACAGGCCCACCUCAAGAUAUAUGGGCCUGUGGUACCUUGCUAUACACUUUGAUCUAUAGAGAGAAUCCAUUUUAUAACAUUGAAGAAAUCAUGGAACGAGAGUUGAGAAUACCUUUUAUCCUAUCACAAGAAUCAUUAGAUCUCAUAAAGAAAAUGCUAGAAAGGGAUGUGGAAAAGAGACUUACUGUUCAUCAAGUAUUAGCCCAUCCCUGGUUUCAAUUGAAGUAA